GAAGCGUGACGUCAUGCAGAAUAUUAUGCAAAUUUUAGAGUCGGUUCAGUUGAAGUGGGAGCUGUUUCAAAGCUGGACGGAUUUUUCCCGACUUCACCUUUCCAAUAAACUGGCUAUUUUCGGCAUCGGUUAUAACACCCGUUGGAAGGAGGAUAUUCGUUAUCAUUACGCGGAAAUCAGUUCGCAAGUUCCUCUCGGGAAACGACUCCGGGAAUAUUUCAAUUCGGAAAAACCCGAAGGUCGAGUUAUUAUGACCAGAGUUCAAAAAAUGAACUGGAAAAAUGUUUAUUAUAAAUUUUUGGAGAUAACGAUUAGCGAAGCUCGGUGCUUAGAGUUACACAUGGAGAUCGACUGGAUCCCCAUCGCCCAUUCCAAACCUACCGGCGGAAACGUCGUUCAAUAUUUAUUACCAGGAGGAAUCCCAAAAAGUCCUGGUUUAUACGCUAUCGGGUACGAAGAGUGCCAUGAAAAACCCCCUUCCCCUCUCGCCGAUGCCGGCAACGAGACUCAAGCCGAGCUGGAGGUUCCAUCUCCACAAACCUCCAUCCGGGUGGAAAUGGAAUCCGCGCGGAUUAUCUACUGUUACCUCGGCAUUGCCGAAAUGCGGACUCUCCAACAAUGCUUGUUUUUACAUUUUCAGGCAAAUACCAAAACCUUCAGUAAAGAUUGGGUUGGAAUCAAUGCUUUUUUAUCUCAGAACUGUGUCGUCGAACCCGGUGUAUCACCGAAAUCCAUCUAUAUUAAAUUUGUGGAAGUGGAAAGGGAUUUUCUUUCUGCCGGUUCUUUGGUAGAGUGCCUGGAAAAAGCCAUCGGAUAUCCCUUAAAAUUUAACAACUGA